GUAUAAGUUAGUUUUAUAAGUUAGUUAAAAUGUAAAUAUUGUUGAGGUUUCAAGGUUUCAUCUAAAACAAAAAGUGAGGAGUGAGACCUCCUUUCGCAAUUAGCGAUCUUUGACGCGAUCCUUUUUUUUCUCCCCCCUUCAUUCAAGCUUGUUUCUCACUCAGCGGCUGUGAGACAUAAAACGUCGACCAAGCUGCUCUCCCAGCUUAGCCUAGGCCAAUACUUCUCAAAUAGUGGGGCGCGCCCCCCUGGGGGGGCGCAGAGCGAUGCCAGGGGGGGCGCAUGUGACCUCGGGGAACAUGUUUUUUUUUUUUUUUUUUUGCCGUACUGGAAUAAAGUGUACUUGCACAUCCACUCAGUAGGUGGCAGUGGCGCUCUCAUUUUCAGAGUGCGCGCAGUAUUUUUGAACUAAGGAAGAGCACUCAGCACACACAGACAACAGAUAUGAAGAGCAGUGUGCCACCGCCGUUUUCGAAAGCCGUUUUCCGACCGGACUCACUCACGCAGCGACCCACUGCCUUGUCCGGUUCUCACGUCGCCGCCCGAGAAGUGCCAUUUUCGGCUUGGGAUCGUCACGACGACCGCCCUCACCUACGAGUAUCAUUAUGCCUGUGUACAACGCCUCCUGUUGGCUUGAUGAGUGUCUGCAAGCAAUAUUAGACCAAGACUUCACUGGGAGCAUGGAACUAUCCGUUUUUGAUGACGCAAGCACUGAUGACUCCAGAAAAGUGGUGGACGCCUGGAAGCAGAGGUUUGAGGGAAAGGGCAUCUCGGUGGUGGUCAGUGGCCACAACUCGGACCAACCAAGAGGAGUGGGACAUGCAAAGAAUAAGGCCAUUGCACAGAGCUCUGGAAAAUACUUGUGUUUUCAGGAUGCGGAUGACGUUAUGUUACCUCAAAGAGUUCGCCUGCAGUUUGAGGCAUCUGUCCUUCAUUCAAGCUCUUUGAUAGGCUGUAGAGUUCGACGCGAUCCAGAAGGAUCCACGGAACGUUACACACGCUGGAUCAACACAAUCACUCAAGAUCAACUACUAACACAAGUAUACACAUCUCAUGGACCAACAGUUAUAAUGCCAACAUGGUUCUGCUCAAGAGAUUGGUUUCUAACUGUUGGAUGUUUCAACGAGGAGGGAAAGGGAGUCCCUGAGGAUUUGAUCUUCUUUUACCAGAGUCUUCGGCAAGGAGGGCUUGUCACCAGAGUAGACCACUGCUUGGUGGUGUACCGUUACCAUGAGAAGGCCACCACACACUCCGUCAAAGAGGAAACCCUUUGGAAACUGCGUGUGGAAUUCCUUCAGGAGCGAGUCAUUUGCACGUGGGAAAACUUUACCAUAUGGAAUGCUGGAAAACAAGGUCGUAAGCUGUACCGAUGCCUUGACGCCACAAAUCAGAAGAAAGUGAGAGCUUUCUGUGAUGUGGACAAGAACAAAAUUAAUAAGGGUUUUUACACAUAUGAGGACUCCAAGGAACGACCGAAGCCAAAAAUUCCAAUUCUGCAUUACAAAGAUGCGUCACCCCCUUUUAUCAUCUGUGUCAAAAUGGACAUGACAGGUGGUGUUCUAGAAGAAAACCUCAACUCAUUACAGUUAAAAGAAGGAGUAGACUUCUAUCAUUUCAACUGACUGCUCGGAGCGAAAUCUUGUAAGUUCAACAUCAUCUGCCCAAUUGUACAUUUUACCCAAAGGAUGCUCUUCCAAGUUGUAAACACAGGGCAGAAAACACAGACAAGACUGAAAAAGCAGUUUCUGCUCUUGCACCCCUCUUUAAAAUAAACUGCUGUAUUUUAAGCCAAAAGAACUGUUGUGUUUGAAAGAACAAUAUGUCUAGAUGCUGUCAUAGCAGAUUCAUGGUGCACUCAGCCUCUGAACUAUUUUUAAUUUGUCCGUUUU